AGGCUGAAUGCGCGACACGAGCGGCAGCCAAAGCGCUCACAUCCGAAGCCAGAAGUGAGACAAGGCUCCAACGGCCUCUUAAGGUGUUCUGUUCCUAUAUCUGAAUUAGUUUUAUUCAAACGGACCUCGUUUAGAAAUGCUGCAGCAUCCUACAAUAUGAGUCCACUAUAGUGACAGUGUGUGUCCUAUGGGGGGUGCUGACGCACGCACGCACGCACGCACGCACACAUACUCAGCAGCCGCUACGGGGAAGAUGGAGGACGGAGCGGCAGCGGCAGCGGCGGAGCGGACGUCCAGCCUGCAGCAGCAUCCCCGCUAGGAGCCGUGACCUUUACGCCCAAGCACCGGCUGGAGUCCUAAAACCAUUAUCUGACAGGUGAACCAAACAGAACCGGACAGGCAUGAACCCCCAGGACACUGAGCUUGGCCAGGAGGUGAUGGAGGACACCGAUGCCCCUCAUCGCCAUCACCACGGUCGAUCACACAGCCACAGCAACCAGGAGAAACGUUACCGCCGCUGCGAGGUUCCGGCCGGCGCCGGCAGCAGAGUCCGAGCUCCUCAGCAGCGAAGGCCACAGGAGCUGCAAGACAUGGAUCUGCAGGCAGAAGCUCAGUGUCCACAGCCCCAGCAGCCCCAGCCUAUCCCUCGACCUGCAGUCACACGCUACCGGAGGCAGGGGGACAGCGAGGCCCGGAUACGAGCUCAGCAGCUGAGGCACAGACAGAGGCAGCAACGAGAAGCAGAGCGGGCACAACAGCAGGAGAAGCAGCCCCACGCAGACACCACCCAGGAGGACGAGCGAGAACGGGAUGACUCCGUCCUGGCUCGCUCAGCAAGCACAGAGAGCGGCUUCCACACCCACACUGACCGGGCGGAAGGGGACGAUGGCUUGGUGAUGAUGUGCCUGGAACCCGAGGGGCAGCCGGAGGUCGAGGAUGAUGCUGGAGCCUACGGAGUUCAGCUGCGGCCAGAGGCGGAGGGCUACACGGAGAGCGCUGAGGCUGAACAGCAACAUCCCCACCCUCACGCCGCCUUCCUUCCUCAGUCUCCACCCCGACCCCGAGACCCCCUGUUCGACAGCCAAAACCCCCCGAGACAGGACGAAGCAGUGGAGAGCUGUGUGAGCGCUGGCUACUCCAACUACAUGUACACCCAGCCCUUGGGCCUCAGCAGAGGACUAGCUGAUCAGAACCUGGACACAUUAGACAACGAACUUACAGACGAAGCCUACUCUGAGCCGUACGACAUUUACACGCUGUCUGAGCAUGUGUAUGAGGAAAUCUGUGAUGCCCCUACUUCAGCUUCAAGUGCCACCGAUGGGGCUGAGGGCACAGAGUCCCUCCAGCAGAGAAGGGCCGGCUUCCGACUUCUGGAUGGCCGGGCAGGAAGCGGGGACUUCCAUCAGCAGGAAGCGGUGGGCUCCCGCCUGCGCCACUAUGACGAGCGCUCAGAUGGCGAGUCGGACAGUCCAGAGAAGGAAGCGGAGUUUGCCCCGUACCCGCGUGCUGACAGCUGUGACCAGGAGGAGGACAUUGACAGCAUCGUGGCUGAGGUUAAAGAAAGCCUAAGCUCUCAGAGCCUGCACCACGCCGCAAACGACACCAUCCAAGAAGACAAUGAGCUGGACAAAGCCCAGCCCGACUCUCAGAGUGACUCAAAGCCCAAAGCAGCCAACCAAGCGAGGCCAGUGAGGAAGCAGCCUGUGAGCCCCUCAGAGGAAGCUGGAGCAGUUCGUAACUCCCAGGAGAAGAGGGACGCGAUCUCUCUGGCCAUCAAGGACAUUAAGGAGGCUAUAGAGGAGGUGAAGACCAGGACAGUGAGAUCUCCAUACACGCCUGAUGAGCCUAAGGAGCCCAUCUGGGUCAUGAGGCAGGAUCUGAGUCCCACCGCUGAGUGUGACCUGGAGCCGUCACUGGGGGGCGAGUCUCCUGGUUCAGGCUCACCCUCUCCUCCAGGAGCAGAGUCGUCCAGCAGACACCUGCUGCAGGACAGCAGCUUUGACUCCUCCCCUUCCAGUAAAGAGUCUAGGAGAAGCCUUGCAUCCUUCCCCACAUAUGUAGAAGUCCCGGGCCCAUGUGACCCUGAAGAUCUCAUCGAUGGCAUCAUCUUUGCAGCCAACUACCUGGGCUCCACCCAGCUGCUGUCAGACAAGACGCCGUCCAAGAACAUCCGCAUGAUGCAGGCGCAGGAGGCCGUGAGCCGCAUCAAGACGGCCCAGAAAGUGGCCCAGAACAGGAAGAAGGCCCCUGAGGCGGAGCCUCAGCCCAUGACGGAGGUGGACCUCUUCAUCUCCACACAGAGAAUCAAAGUGCUCAACGCUGACUCUCAGGAGAUCAUGAUGGACCACCCUCUGCGCACCAUCUCCUACAUCGCUGACAUCGGCAACAUUGUGGUUCUGAUGGCCCGGCGCAGGAUGCCUCGACCCGACUCUCAGGAGAAUGUGGAGGCCUCAGACCCCGGACAGGACAGCAAGCGGCAGUACAAGAUGAUAUGUCAUGUGUUUGAGUCUGAGGAUGCUCAGUUAAUUGCCCAGUCCAUCGGGCAGGCCUUCAGCGUGGCCUACCAGGAGUUCCUACGGGCCAACGGCAUCAACCCCGAGGACCUGAGUCAGAAGGAGUACAGUGACCUACUCAAUACUCAGGACAUGUACAAUGACGACCUCAUCCACUUCUCAAAGUCUGAGAACUGCAAAGACGUGUUGGUGGACAAAGGUAAGGGGGAGAUUCUGGGUGUGGUCAUUGUGGAGAGUGGCUGGGGCUCCAUCCUGCCCACAGUGAUCAUCGCCAACAUGAUGCAUGCUGGACCGGCUGAGAGGUCGGGACGACUCAACAUAGGAGACCAGAUCAUGUCCAUCAAUGGGACCAGCCUGGUGGGUCUGCCGCUGUCCACCUGCCAGAGCAUCAUAAAGGGUCUGAAGAACCAGUCUCGGAUCAAGCUGAACAUUGUCCGAUGCCCCCCGGUGACCACGGUGCUCAUCAGACGACCAGACCUCCGCUACCAGCUGGGCUUCAGUGUCCAGAACGGCAUCAUCUGCAGCCUCAUGCGCGGGGGCAUCGCUGAGCGCGGCGGGGUCCGGGUGGGCCAUCGCAUCAUCGAGAUCAACAGCCAGAGUGUGGUGGCCACGCCCCACGAGAAGAUCGUCCACAUCCUGUCCAACGCUGUGGGAGAGAUCCACAUGAAGACGAUGCCAGCGGCCAUGUACCGGCUGCUGACUGCCCAGGAGCAGCCCGUUUACAUUUAGCAAGGCGCCCACGCCCUCACGCCCUUUAAAGCUCCUCAUCAGCGCCAUUGGCUGAAUGCUUCCACUACUGACAACAUUCACUCAAUGAUCCCUUUUCUUACCUACUGGCACAGUUGGUGACAGAAUGUUUACACUUGUCUAGUAAUUGGGAAACUGUCCUUCGCGCUUCUCUGCUUCUGAUGCUUUCAAGCUCACCACGUGACUGCAGCGUGUGGACGGAUGGUGGCCUGAUGCUGAUGGCAGCUGCCUGUCACGCUCUGACUCUACUGUGCUGCCGAGCUGCUAUUUUACUGGCAGAACCGUCCCCUCACACUUCCUGCUGCACCGUGGUUGUUUCCUGUGUUCCUUCCUCCCAUUGUAAUCGUCCUGUCACAAAAGAAGGAGCUGCUGGUUUACUAUUAGUUUUGCACAAACACAGACGCCGUGUGAAUUCUACCUGAGCACCACCUCCGCACCCCCGCGUCUGAGCUGCAGUGUUGCUGCUGCUGCUGAUGCUGUAGCUUAUGUUUCCAGCUCUACUCACAGUCAACAAACAGAACCUGGCAAAGACUUGGGCUUCUGCUUGUCUCUUAUUUAAGUUAUUGUCCACAAAAGCCGAUAUUUCUGCACGUUUCGCGUUAAAGCCUGGGAUGUGCUGCAUUUUUAGUCUUGGAAUUAGCGGCGCUGACCGUAGCUCCACUAAAUGUAGCUUCAACGCAGCACUAGACAGUGUGAGUGAGUCAAACAGAGCGCUGAACCCUGUUAAAUGGGAGCUAGGACGAGUCAAACGUGAACCAAAGCCCGACAGGAGCAGAAAGCAGAGACACAGCUGGAUGUCAUGAAAAGUCCACACUCACAAGCUGCUGCCGAUCAUUUAACAAAGACGUCAUGAGAAAUGUAGCAUCACUCAUUGACCUCAACGCCUUAGUAUGAUUUUAAUUUGAUGUCAUUGAUGGUAGCUUAGUUCUGUCGACUGAUCAGGACGUUAACACGUUUAUCAUGAAUGAGAACUAGAUGAUGAGGAUUAAGGUGAAUGUGUAACACACACAUGGUUUCCUUUCUAUUACACACACGUUCACUGAAGCUCCUCGUUUCUGUCUCGUCAGAUUCAGUCCACGUUUAGCGGUUUGAUGGUUUUGUGGCUCAGGUUCCACUCAGGUAUCGUGUAUUGAGGUCUCAUUCAUUCAGAGUUUCUCCACAGACAGACAUUCAUGAAGCUCUUUUCUUCGUUGGCUCCAAAUCAACGUUCAGGGGACGAGCGCCAUCGCCCCAGUAACCAGUGAGGUGCGCUGUCCUGCUGCUGUGGGGCCUUUUGGACCAGGCUCAUCAGCUGCUGACGGUGGAGGAGCACGGGGCUCGUCUCACUGCGCUGCAGCAGUCACUUCUGCCCAGCUUCCGUUCGAAGCGCUCCACGUGCGCUCCACGUGCGCUCCACGUGCGCUUCGAGCAGCUUCGAGCAGCUUCUCUCCUGCCUCUGACGGCUGUAACCGCUGGCUGUGCUGUCUCUGUCGGCCUCCGCGCUGCUUGUUCUCACCGGUGGACUUCAUCUUGGCCUUAUUACUGCUACUGGACCUUUACCACGUUACACUGAACUAGGACUUUUAUAAUGUUCCAUUCUCGCUUCUAGUGUGUGCGUGGCGUGUGAUUACAAGUGUGUAACACAAAGCAGCUGGAUAUAUAAACAUAUAGACAGACUAUAUAGUAAACUAUGUAAAGGUAUAUAUUCUAAUGGUUAUGUUGUCAGUAGAAAGCGAUGGGGCUGGAAUGUAAGAACCGUCUACAAUGACAUUCAUGUACAUAUAGUUAGAGCACAAGAUCAUUAAGGGUUGUGAUGUUUUCCUGCAGAGACGCAGACGGCUGCUCGGCUCACAAGUAUUUAUAAGUGCACUCAUUUUGAAUGUAACUCCAACGUGACCAUGUGUCUGGAAACACACGAGACAGAUGGCAUUUGUGCUGAGCAGCAGAAUGUGGACUUGGUUUGCUGUUUUCUGUGAUGUUCUAGCAGCUGCAUUCAUGUACCAGAGCCAGAAUGUUUGUAACAGUAUUUACGACAAUAAAUGACUUAACGGAG